AUACUUGUCUACAUCAUUCCAAUUUUCACUUUUAUUAGGUUUGCAUUAGUUCAUCUUUGAGUAGCGAAUUGUCUGAUCAUGAUAGAAACCAUCAUAAUUAUUUAAUGCUUAAGAGGAAAUCAAGCCAAAAAAACCAUUUACAAAACAGAAUAAGACUACAUGAUUCUGAGUCGACAACUUACAUGAAUUCGCAAGCAUGUUGUCAUAACGGAAAUGCCAUAGAAAGAAAUCACCUAAAGCUUUACAAACAUCGUAUCGAUAUGUUAACUGUCGCUCUCGACAAUUUUCGGAUUCAGAAUGAGCAAUUGAAACACGAAUUAGAGAAACAUCAGAAUAAUACGGUGGACAAUAAAGAAUCUCAACUACGAAAUCAUGUUAAACAGCUAACGAACCGAGCACAGAGUCAGAGUCUUAUAUGGAAAAUCAGAUCGCUUAAGAAAACUAUCGCAAAACUAAGAAGAUUGAACAGCAGCGUGGAGAACGUUUAUAAAAAGAAAUUACAGCAUGUCGUCAAAAAUAAGAAUCUAGAAAUCAAAGUUUUGCAACUACAAUUUCAAGAGCAGACGAACGAUUUAUUUUUGUCUCUGUGUUCAGAGAAACAAAAUGAACUACACAGCUUGGUAUCAUCUUUAGAGAAAAGAUAUAAGGCACUUUUAAUAAAUGCUGAUACUGCCAUUGAAAAUCAGCGAAAAGAAUACAUGACGGUAUUCUUUAUUCAUAAUAUCAUUUUUGUUGUACAUUUGCUGUUAAAAUUACUAUUUUUAGUAUUAGGGACAUCUCUCACAGAUGAAUUAUAUUAAUAAUUUCUUUCUAUUUUUUAUAUGUGAUUUAUCGCUAUAUUUCUGGUGUGCAUAAUUAACAUUCACGAUAUGAAUACACUAUACUUUUAGAAAAUAGCCACACUCGAAGCUGAAUUGUGCCAUUUGAGAAACAAUCUUCGAAUCAAGUCAGAACACAUGUGAUCGCAUGCAAUUACGUUCUAUCUUAUUUAAUAUGAUUUUAUAUAUACUUACCGUUAUCGAUCAAAGGAUUGUGUAAGAUUUUUAUUAUCUAUUUAUAAAGAGGGUGCAUUUAGAAUCAAAGAAGAUAAUUGAUUCUUCAAGAAAAAACAAGAGGUAUAUUGAACAUCAAGUCAUUUGAAACGUGUCAAAAAUGGCGGGUGAAAUAGAAAGGUAACGCAUUUCGGGACGUACUCUGAUGGUAAAAUAGGCUGGAGUUUGGAACUCGGGAGUCUCGAACUGUAUCGGAUCAUGUGUUGGUCUCCAUGGCAACUGUCAACAUAAUUGAACAUAAUAUUGUGCACUCGAGUCGUUUAUAUACGAUACAUAAUAAGAAUACUUAUAUUAAUUAAAUUAUGUGUGUGUGAGUGAUCGCAUAUUAGUACGUAGUACAAAUUGUGCAGUGUAAUAUGACAAGUGAACAAUGAGUCUAUAUUUUGACAUACGUGUGCAAAAUCCUGAAACUGCUUCGAUAAGUUCAUUUGUCGCUUGGCAUAAUAAUUACCCAUUGUUAGCUGUCGCUGCAUAUUCCCAAGAUAAGGGCGGUUUUGUAACCAUCUAUGACGACCAGGGUGAACCCGUGCAGGAUGUUGAGUCGUCAGGACACGCUGUGGCACAAAUCACUGCGCUCGGAUGGCAUCCUGAAAGGACAUGGCUAGCGGCAGGAUGGGAGAGUGGAGAGUUGCGAAUAUGGCCAGGAGAUACUGGCAGCCAAGAAUUCAGUGUAAUUGUAACUCCCCAUCGAGAUCCCAUUACAGUUCUACAAUGGAGUCAAUUUGGUGGUCGCUUGGUAUCUGCUGACACUGGUGGAUCUAUAGUUGGCUGGAAAAUAGACUCCAGAGGGCAGCUUCUUAUGACAUUUCAUCACGAGUUAAAAGAGUCUUUUACACAAAUUGCAUUUAAGACAGCUCCUCCAAAACCAGCUAUCGAUAUUAGUGGUUUGGCAAAGGCAGCGGUGGCAGGUGAUGAGCGAGCUUUGGACCUGUUUAGUUCCUGGCGGCCAAGAACCGCCGCACCAACGGCUGUUCCGACUCAACGUGACAACCAUGCAUUCUACAUCGGCACCGCAAAUGGCACCAUAUAUUUUGUUGAUGUUCAAGGGCAGUGCAAGGAAGUAUUCAGUACCGACGGUGCGGGACUACAUUGUCUGUUGCAUCACCAGACCAGAGACUCGAUUAUCGUCAUGACGGAGGGAUUGAACAUCGGACACUUUCAAGCGGAUCCAGUCAGCGGGGAGCUCAUCGAACUAACGAAGGUAAAACUGAGCGGCAGGAACGACACAUCACGCACGAGCAGCGCCACUCUAUGUUGGAUCAGUGGGAACACCUUGGCCGUGCUUACAGGUGAGCUUGCUGUACGUUGCUGGGAUCUUCACACCGGCGACACGUACGUUCUGUCGCCCCCGGAUUCGUCCAGCGGAAACAUCGCCACUCCUCAAGAAAUGUGCACCAGCUUGGCGUUCUGCAAGGCGAAUGACACUUUGGCCGCCGGCACCAAUUUGGGAACGAUCUACCUGUGGAAGCGUAAAAACGUGUCCGAGUGCGACGAGAAGGCGUGGCCGAGCGUGCCGGAGUCCUGCGCGAUCCACGGGACGGUGAAGCAGCUGGCAUGGGGCACCAGCCUGUCGCGGAAUUCCCUCCUGGCAGUGAACUGCAUCACCAAUGUCUUCGUCCUGCAUCAGCAGCCGAUGUGCGCCGUGUACAACGAUGGUGUUUGCGCGAGUCAGCUCACCCCCACGCAGAUCCUCCUCGAGCUGGACGAACAGACGUACAUGCUGAAGACGGAGAUUCAGGUACAGGUGGUCGCGGUAACGAAGGAAUACGUCGCCGUUUCGUCCGGCCGGCAAAUAAUCGUGAACCGCAUCAACCGGGGCUCCAAUCUGAACACGACUUUAUUGACGACCUUCAGCUGCGACACGGAGAAGAUGCUGAUCUACGAGCACACGUUGAUCGUGUUGACCCCGAUGAUCAUUCAAUUGCGAUCCGUGGAAGGCUCCGUCAUUCAAACGCUCCCCACCCUGCCGGAAGAGGGUGAACCGAUCACGAUGGAGUUGACAGGACCAUAUUUGACCGUAGCGUCGUUAAACGGCAUCCUGAAGAUCUGGGAUUUAGGUAAGCGCGAGGCUAAACUGCACACCCGAGCUAUGGCAACGUACGAGGCGAUCAGCGAUUUCGCCGAGAUCAUCGAGGCCAGAUGUAACGCGGACUGUCAUUGCGUAUCCAUCACCGUCGCCAUGGCCAACCUCAUGCCCAGCUCGGUCUUGUACGUUUGGGACAUCGAAAGUGAUCAGAUCCAUGAAUUUGAUUUCGGAGAGUCGGACGAUAUCAUCGAUGACGACACCAUGCUGACCGCACAAUGCAGAGGAAGAUUGGUCACCGCGCACUGCUGGGACGUGGAGGACCCUAGGCUGUUGGUGUGUCGAGCUCAGAGACUGGAAAACCGUGACUCUAAGAACAAGGGCGGUAAUCAGGUUGCUUCUGUGGUAUUGGUGUCGUUAUUCGCAACGUCGGACCACGGUAUCGUCGUGCAGGACGUCAAGCCAAUCGCCGACGAGAACUGCCGUUUGUUGGGUGUGCAGUCGCCGCACAUUGUUAUUCUGAAUUCCGAGAAGAGUUUGGACAGGACGAGCAAGAUAACGCGCUUGCUGAUGAGGGACUUCGAAGAGCUGGGUGGCUGCGACUCCGCCACGAGGAAGGCGGUGAUGGAUUUCAGUUACCACAUCAGCGUGGCGAACAUGGACGAGGCCUUCAAGGCCAUCAAGUCCAUACAGAACGAGGCGGUCUGGAAGAGCCUGGCCAGGAUGUGCGUGAAGACGAAGCAACUGAACAUGGCUCUGCUCUGCCUGGGCCACAUGAAGCAGGCCAGCGCCGCGCGGGCUCUUCGCGAAGCGAUGCAGGACGAAACUCUGAGCUUGGAGGCGCAAGUGGGGAUUCUGGCGGUCGAGCUUGGUCUUCAUACCGACGCGGAACGUCUGUUUCGCGAAGCGAAGCGGCUGGACCUGCUGGGACGGCUGCUCGAGGCGCGGAACAAGUUCAAGGAAGCGAUCGAUCUAGCCAGCAACGAGAACAAGAUUCGUGAGAAGACGAGUUAUUACAAUUACGCCCGCUCGCUGGAGCAGCAGGGUAAGGUGGCGGAGGCCAUCGAUAUGUACACGAAAGCGGAUUGUCAUCGAUUCGAGGUGCCGCGAAUGCUCCUGACGAGACCUCGGGAGCUCCUUGCGUAUCUUAAUAACUCGGAAGAGCCGGAGAUCAAAAACUGGCACGCUCAAUACACCGAGUCGACGGGCGACAUGGAGGCGGCCUUGCGUCUUUACGAGCAGGCGAAGGAUACCCUGUCAAUGACGAGGUUGCUCUGUUACUUCGGCCGGGAGGACGAGGUGUCCGAGCUGGUGAUCAGAACGAGCCACGCCGCGUCUGCCUAUCAUCUCGCUGCGCAUUACGAGUCUAAGAACAACGUGUCGCAAGCGAUUCAUUUCUACACAGUCGCUAAGGCUUAUACGAACGCGAUUCGACUAUGCAAGGAACACGACAUGCUGGAAGAGCUGUGGCCAUUGGCUAUAUUAGCGCCGCGGCAUUCGCAGAUAGACGUCGCAAAGUUCUACGAGGACAACGACCAGUCUGAUCGGGCGGUGUUGCUCUACCACAAGGCCGGUCUCUUGCACAAGGCUCUGGAUGUCGCGUUCCGCACGCGGCAAUACAGCGCGCUGCAGCUAAUCAUCGUGGACGUGAACGCGGAUUCCGAUCCGGCGCUGAUACGGAAGUGCGCCGAUUACUUCAUGCAAAACGAGCAGAUCGACAAGGCGGUGGAUCUGCUCGCGACCGGCCGGGACUACCUGGCGGCUCUGGAGCUGAUUCAACAGCACAACGUCGCGUUGAGCGAGGAGCUCGCGGAGAAGCUGACGCUCGAGAAAGGGAGCAAUGACGAUGCGGAGCACGAACGUCUGAGGAUCUCCACCCUCGAGAGGACCGCGGAGAUCGCCUUCGACCAGGGCAACUAUCACCUAGCGACGAAGAAGUUCACCCAGGCCGGCAACAAGCUGCGCGCGAUGAAGGCGUUGCUCAAGUCCGGCGACACCGAGAAGAUCUGUUUCUUCGCGCAGGUCUCGAGGAACCGGGAGAUCUACAUCAUGGCGGGCAAUUAUCUGCAGUCGUUGGACUGGCAGAAUCAGCCGGAGGUCUUGAAGAACAUCAUCAGUUUCUACUCGAAGGGCAAGGCGAUGGACCUGCUGGCGAACUUUUACGUGGCGUGCGCGCAGGUGGAGAUCGACGAGUUUCAGAACUACGAGAAGGCGUUGGACGCCCUGAAUCAGGCGAGCAGGUGCCUAACCAAGGUGGUGAUGCCACGGGAUUCGGAUAUUCACAAGCAAGCGGUGGAGCUGGUGAACAACAGGAUGUCGGCGAUCAAACGUUAUCUGGACAUUAAGAGAUUGUUUGACAAAGGCGAGACAGAAACGGCGAUGCAGCACGUCCGGCACCUGUUGGAUUCCCAAGGGCCGAAUCUGGAACAAUCGGUGCGUCGUGGUGACCUGUUCGCGACCAUUACGCAGCAUUACGCCAAUAUAGGGGACACUGAUAAAGCGUGGGCCACCAUCGAGGAGUUGAAACGUUUGGUACCAGGUAUCAAUUUGAGUUAUUACUUCAACGUGAAUCUCCUUGAAGCGUUGGGCUACAAAAUGAAGAUGCAGCGGCAGGACAGUUCCGACAAGGACGAUGGGAUCGAGGAACUUUUGGGAGAAUGAAUCUCCGUUAAGGUCGCCUGUAAAUUAACUAAAGAAUUUGUAGAUAGAAUUGGCCUGGUAAAUUUAGUCAGAUUUAACGUAUUCGUUGUUUACCGAUAAUGGGAAAAUUCCGUCCAUUUGUUGUCGUAUGUUUACAGCAAUGUUGCAUCACAUGUAUAAUGUAAUAUUACGAUACUGCGAUGGUGUGUCGCGCUGCAAUGUUUCUGUUUAAGCUACGUUGCCGCAACUCUGCAGCAAUAUUGCAAUAAGAUUGUACAACUCUUCGGUGAUACAAGGGGAGAUAUUUUUGCAAUGCUUUUAGCAUUAUACGGAAGUUGGUGUAUUGUAAAUGAGAAGGAAAUAAAGAUAUCUCUGAAUUCAA